AAAGACGGUGAAUUAAUUCAUCAGUUAAAGCCCCCGAAGAUGGACUGGAAAAGCUCACAUGGCUUGGCAUUACUGCCCUGUGGCAAUCUUGCUGUGACUGACUGGACAGAUGGAGGGAAGAUCCAUAUUAUCAGUGUGGAUUGGAGGAACAAUGCCAUCCUGAAAAUGAAUGUGAUGGAAGGGUUUGUCCGACCUGUGCAAAUCUCUGUUAACAAGAAUGAAGACCUAUUAGUUGCUGAAGGGCAGCUCUUUGGACAAUAUGAAGGCAGGUGUGUAAAGAUCAUUGAAAAUAAGAAGAUCAAAAUGAAGAUCGGACCAGAACUUGGAAACAGACAUUGUUUUGUAAAUCCAUCUGGAGUUUGUGUUGAUAGAGAUGGAAAUAUAUUAGUUACUGACGAAGGGCAGAAUUGUAUAACAAUGUUUAACCCUAACGCAUCUCUGAGUGCAUAUGUGGUAAACCAUGAACUGCAGGGACCUUUUGGAAUUUGCAUCACAAAUGAAGGACACCUGGCUGUGGCUGACUGCUAUCACAGUUGUGUAAAACUAUACAGAUACAGAUAGAAACUGCAGCUCUAAAGGGUGGUUUAAUAAAGAAAUAUGCCUGUCUAGUAUUUAUCAGGCAGGGGCCUGAUUUUUUAAGCUUGGUAACCUUGAGUUGAGUACAUCUCCAAUAAAGCUCCUAAACUACAA